UUAGCCAGCGUCGGUGGACCGGGGCGACACUGAACACAGCGUCGCUCAUGAAACGUCAAUCUAGAAAAAUAUACAUUUGCGAUUUAUUAACGGCUAUACACACAAAAACAAACUUGAACACGCCGCAUUUGAGUGUUUAACACUUGAGAGAGCUCAUUCAUAAAUGGAAACUUUUGUGAGGCUUAAAUCAUAUUGUAUAAAUAAACAAAAACAGACAAAACUCAAAAGGUGAAAUGAUUAAACGUGCAAGAAAGUAGCCACGCCCCUCGCUCAGGUGUUUAAUUAGGCGCUAUUGAGAGCACCUGUUUCCCUUAAAAGCACUAGUGGUGUCAGAGAAAGCGUUUGGUCCAUUUUAUUUUAUCCCUGCCAUGGAUGUAAUCUUGCUUCUUAUUUUGGUGGUGGCAAGGUACCUUCAAGCUGGCGCCAGUUCUCUAAAGUGUGGCCGGACCUCUAAGCCGUGCAAGGAUGGAUCCGAGUGUGUGUACUUCACGCACGUCUGUGAUGGGGAACCAGACUGCAAAGAUGGCUCUGAUGAAGAGGACUGUGAAACCAAAUGCACUGCAGAACAGUUCCAGUGCGCCCAUGGGAAAAAGUGCAUAGAGAUUGGACAGGUUUGUGAUGGGGUGUCUGAUUGUCAGGACCGGUCGGAUGAACUGCGCUGUGUAAGACACACCGAGGACUGUGUUCACCACUGUGACGACAACAGCCGCUGCUUGCCUUCGAAAUUUCUCUGUGACGGUGAGAAGGACUGCGCUGAUGGCACCGAUGAGGACAACUGUGAGAAGGAUGAAGAGACUAGUCCAACCACUCUGCCUCCUGUUGUAACAUCGACUACCCCUCUGAAGUGUGCGCGGAACUCCAUACUUUGUAAAGACAAACUGGAAUGUGUUUUCCACCAACAUAUUUGUGAUGGAGAAGCUGACUGCAAAGAUGGCUCGGAUGAAGAGGAUUGCUCGAUGGCAUGUGAAUCUGACCAGUUCCAGUGUGCUCACGGGAAGAAGUGCAUCGAGAGCAGCCAGGUCUGUGACGGUGUCCUCCACUGCCAGGACCGCUCUGAUGAAUUGGGCUGUAUUCACAUGGAGGGCUGCGCUCAUCAAUGUGAUGAGAAGAGUCGCUGCCUCCCAAGCAGCUUCCUGUGUGACGGAGAGGGUGACUGUCUUGAUGGAAGUGACGAAGCUAACUGUGAGCACAAGGACUGCAGUUCAAGUCAGUUUAAGUGUGCCACUGGUCAGUGUGUGUCUGCUGCCAUGCGUUGUGACGGUCACUCUGACUGCACGGACCACUCUGAUGAGCUGAACUGCAUCAAAGCGCCAAUCUGCAACACGAUGCUGAGCUGCCCUCAGAGCAAAGAAUGUCUGCUGCCAGAGUGGAUGUGUGAUGAUGAGCCGGACUGCAGGGAUGGCACGGAUGAAAAGAACUGCUCGGUGUCUCUGCUGACCUGUGGCAUGUACCAGUGGAUGUGCCACUCAAAGUCUCAGUGCGUCUCCUCAUCCUGGAGGUGUGACGGCAUGAAGGACUGCGACGAUGGAAGUGAUGAGAUGAAUUGUGGUGUUGAGAACUGCUUGCCUCACCAGUUCAUGUGUGGUAGUCAGGAAUGUCUGCACCCAAGCCUGGUGUGUAAUGGCAUCACCAACUGCGCCGAUGGUUCCGAUGAGGCAGGAAAGUGCCAGCGCUCCUGCACUGAGGCAGAUUUGAGCUGCUCCCACCGUUGCUACAGCACACCUCAGGGACCUCGCUGUCACUGCGCUCCAGGGUUCCGUCUUCUGGAGGACGGAAAGACGUGCGCCGAUAUCGACGAGUGUGAAAGCUGGCGUAACGGUGUGUGCAGUCAGCUUUGCACCAACUCUCCGGGGUCAUACCGCUGCGGCUGCUACCCGGGGUAUGUCAUGGAAGCAGAUGGACACCAGUGCAAGACCACAGGUGAACCCCUCCUGUUGGCAUCGGUACAAACGGACCUCUUUCUCCUGGGCUUACGAAGCAGCUCGCUGGAUGUAAUCUCAACUGGGGCGAGGAAAGCUGUCCUCACUCUGGACUAUGAUUUCACUGAGCAGAAACUGUUCUGGGCCUGUCUGGAAACCUCCACCAUCGGUUGGUCCUCGAUGGACAAUAAAACCCGAGGGGUGCUAAUAGAAGGGGUUCGUGCCGAUUCUAUAGCAGUGGACUGGUUGGGGAGAAACGUGUACUGGAUUGACGGCGAGAACAGCCAGAUAGUUGCAGUCCGACUAAUCCCGACCACAGCAAAAAUGCGGGACCAAACUGUAAUUCUUGAUGAGGACCUGGACCAGCCUCGUUCACUGGCUCUGGCCCCGGAAUCAGGUCUGAUGUUCUGGUCAGAAAUUGGUAAUGCAGUUAAGAUCGAGCGAGCUGGAAUGGAUGGGUCUGAGAGGAUGGAGCUGGUGACAUCCAGCCUUGGAUGGCCCGGGGGCAUGGCUGUGGACCCUGUUUCUGAGAGGGUCUUCUGGACAGAUGAAAGACUGAAAGCUAUUGGCUCUGCGACCUUUGAUGGAAAAGACAUUCAGAUUCUGCAGAUGAAGGCCACCAAAAACCCUUUCUCUCUGGCUUUGUUGGAUGACAUGCUCUACUGGUCUGAUGCCAAGAGACGAGUUGUGCAGGCGGCUCAUAAAAGAACUGGCAAAAAACAUCGAGUCCUCCUGAAAAGGCCCAGGCAACCCUUCGGCGUUAAGAUCAUCCACCCAAUCCUCCAGCAAAGUGCCGAUCAUCCUUGUGAGAACAUGGCAUGCUCUCACUUGUGUGUGUUGGCCCCGGGCCCCAUGGCAGUCUGCAAGUGUCCUGCUGGUCUUCUACUGGCUGAAGAUGGUCUCACCUGCUCCACUCCAGUGAACUCUGCUUUCCUGUUGAUGCUAUCUCCUUCCACUGUCACCCAGAUCUACUUGCAGGCAUGGCACCAAGCUCCAGCUCUGAAAGGCUGGCCCGAACACGUCGCCCUUCAGAUUCCAAAUGUCAACGAAGCAGCCAUUGUGGGCUACAGCAUGUGUGACCACACGCUGUUUUUGACAGAUGCUGGUGCUACAGCGCUGAGUACUUUCAAGCUAAAUGAUUUGGAGUUGACCUCUCAAGGUCACAUCUUCAAACUGUUGGGCGACAGCAUCAGUGCGAUGGCCCUUGAUUGGGUAACGCUGAACAUCUUCUGGAGCAGCGACAAGCAGAACCGGCUGCAGGUCACAGACGUGACCCAUGCAUACACCUCAGUGUUGUUGAAGGAGGGGAUCAGUAAAGUCGAUUCCAUCGCCCUUCACCCACUCAGCGGCGGGCUUUGUUUUAACAACCUCGAUCUUCAGGGGCUUGGGACUGAAGCCACUGUAGAAUGUGCCAACAUGGACGGCUCGGAGAGGAAAGUCGUGUGGAAGGACGCGGCUCAGCCAACGUCUCUUGUCUUCUCCAGCGACGGGGAUUCUGUCUACUGGGCUGAUACAAGUUUGGAAGUGAUUUGUGCUGUCCAGCUUGAUGGAUCCAGAUUCAAAGAGUGGAGGGUUGGCAGAGGUCUGGCUGCUGUGACCCUGGGCGAUGACCGGCUGAUCUGGAUGACUGUAGAUGAGAAGACCAGAGUCUGGUACAAGGAUGAGCAGCAGCAGAACAGGUUGUGGUUCGAGGUUGGCACAGAAGUGACUGGAUUGAAGGCUUUCAGCAAAUCCAGCCAGUCUGGUUCCAACCAGUGUGCCGAAAACAAUGGCGACUGCCAACAUCUGUGUCUGGCUGUCCCUGGGGGACGAACAUGCAAGUGUGCUCAUGAUCAUGUCCUGGUGAAUGAUACACACUGUAUCCCAGAGGAGCGUUGUCCAACUGGCAAAAGAUCAUGCCUGGAUGAGAUCACAUGUCUGUCGAUGGAGAAGUUUUGCAACGGUCAUGUUGACUGUCCUGACCACUCGGAUGAAAACUGUUUAAGGGUGAAGCCUGCAACUGAAGCAGACUUGCCCACGUCCACCCAGACCCUCAGCUCAACUCCUUCACCUCCACUGGGAGAAGAUUCGGGUUUGAACACGACCAAUGACGUUCGCCUGUCCUUGAACCUGGACGCUGAGACGUGUAGCAAGAGCCGCUGCAGUGGUCAUGGAACAUGCCAGGAGGAUGUACAUGGAGACCUGGCAUGCGCCUGUUCAUUUGGAUACAGUGGGGACUCUUGCCAGGAUGGCUUUGUGAAAACUCUACAGCUCCCCCUUGUGUAUGGCGCAGCUGGUCUCUGCGGAGGAGUGCUCAUCAUUGUGCUCGCUGUGGUGGUCAUACGAAAGAGAGGCACCAACACAAGGAGGGAAGGUCCGGGAGUCAAAGAAACAAGUAUGACCGACCUGGAGAAUACAGCAGAGACUGCCGUUGUUACAACCUCCUCAGCAGGCGUUCACAGGAUGGAGGUAAAGGCAGAGCUAUAUUUUUAUUUUGUAACGCUUGGUAACAUGUUCAUUUUGUAACGCUUGGUAACAUGUUAAUUGUUAUUUUGGGAGAGCCAAGUUCUCAGAUGUGUUAGUGUCCAAUAUUAAGCGUUAAUGAUGUUUGAAGAGGGGCUGGUAAAUUCACCAGCCAUUUUGGAUUUCAUGUCCAUUGCAACAAUAACUCUUUGGAAAGGAUGUCUGACUGUGUUUGAAGA